AUGGGCCAUUCGUUUGGUGGAUACUUAAGUUGUGCAUACGUGAUGAAAUAUAACAAGAGAUUAACUGAUGCGGCAGGAAAAAUGAAGCCAGCAAUGGUUGACAAAUUGGUAUUGAUCAGUCCUGUGGGACUCGAGAGAAAUAAGUUUUCGUUGUUGAAAGACGAGAAGUCUGCUGGUAUUUCAGACGAACGCAGAAAACUGGAAAAUGAAGGUGCUCCUAGUAUAUCUUUGGAAGACGAGGUAAAUGCGGAUCAGGAAUCAAUUAUUCAUAAUGACUACCAAGAGCCCGACGAAGAAAAAGUAACAAGAGGUAGAAAGUUACUUGAUGCGCUAUGGAAACGUAACUUUUCUCCGUUUUCGAUCAUUCGUACUAUGGGUCCUUUUAAAUCUAAAAUGAUUUCGAGAUGGACUACCCAUAGAUUUGCCCAUAUGUAUUUCUCGAACCCUAAGCAAUUUCAAGCCAUGCAUGAUUAUAUAUAUAGAGUGUUCAAUGCUAAAGGUUCUGGUGAAUAUGCAAUUACUAGGGUUUUAGCAACUGGUGCUUUGCCCAAGUUGCCAUUAUUAGACAGAUGCCCAGAAAAAUUUGUCAAAAUGAAUACUCCAACAUUUUGGAUAUAUGGUGAUAAAGAUUGGAUGAAUGAAGAGGCCGGUUUAGAGAUGACAAACGAAAUUAAUAAAUUAUCAAACUCAGCUACAAGGAAAAGCUUGGCGCAAUUCAGUAUAUUACCAAAUUCAGGCCAUCAUCUUUAUUUGGAUAAUCCAAAAGGUUUUAAUAAUGAAAUUUUCAAAUUUUUAGGCUUUAAAAGCUCGUAG